AUGUUCCCAGGAUCUGGAAGAAAAACAUACAGACAACAAGCUCCACCACCGGGACCACCCAAUGGAUACCAAUAUGGACCACCACCUGGAGCACAAGGCCAAUAUCCACCACAAGGCCAAUAUCCACCACAAGGUCAAUAUCCACCACAAGGUCAAUAUCCACCACAAGGUCAAUACCCACCGCAAGGUCAAUAUCCACCACCACAAGGAUAUGCACCUCAAGGGUAUCCGCCUCAAGGAUACCCACCUCAAACAUAUCAACAGCAAGGAGGCCAGAGACAAGCAUAUCCACCACAAGGAUAUCAGCAACCAGCACAACAUUUUGGCGAGGGUAGAGGAAAUCCAAAUCCAACGGGUCCACCACCUUCAAAUCCUCAAGGUUUCGGUCAACAUUCAGGUAUGACUUUCCAGUACUCUAACUGUAAUGGUAAAAAGAAAGCGUUAUUAGUUGGUAUCAAUUAUACUGGCAGCAAGAACCAAUUGCGUGGGUGUAUCAACGAUGUCAAGAAUAUGAGUAAUUUCUUGAACCAACAUUUUGGGUAUUCGUACGAUGACAUGGUGAUUUUAACAGAUGACCAGAAUCAAAGAGCUCGUAUUCCAACCAAAGAGAAUAUUAUCAGAGCGAUGCAAUGGUUAGUUAAAGACGCGAGACCAAAUGAUUCAUUAGUUUUCCAUUAUUCAGGUCACGGUGGGGUCACCAAGGAUUUAGUUGGGGACGAAGAGAGUGGCCUUGACGAUGUUAUUUAUCCUCUUGAUUUCGAAGUUAAUGGACAUAUCAUUGAUGAUAUUAUGCAUGAUAUCAUGGUGAAACCAUUACCACAAGGAUGCAGAUUGACUGCCUUGUAUGAUUCGUGUCACUCUGGUACAGCAUUAGAUCUUCCUUACGUCUAUUCUACUAAGGGGGUUGUCAAGGAACCUAAUUUAUUGAAAGACGCUGGUACUGGUGCAUUCAAUGCAUUUCUUUCUUACGAGAGUGGUAAUAUCGGUGGUGCCAUCUCGUCACUCUCCGGAAUUGUUAAGAAGAUAUCAAGUCUGGCUAGUACCGAUAGAGACCAAGUUAUUAGAAUGAAGGCUUCGCCAGCAGAUGUCAUUUCGAUUUCCGGUUGUAAGGAUGACCAAACAAGUGCAGAUGCUAAAGAAGGAGGGCAGAGUACAGGCGCUAUGAGUUGGUCUUUCAUUACGACUAUGAAUCAGAUGCCUAAUCAAUCCUAUUUGUCGUUGUUGAAUAACAUGAGAACGUUAUUAAAAAGCAAGUAUUCACAGAAGCCUCAAUUGAGUUGUUCACAUCCACAGGAUAUGAACUUGAAGUUCAUUAUGUAG